AAGCACCGACUUUGAAGGCCCUUCUUUUUCACUUCAAAAAACCCUUAGCACCGUCACGAACCACCGCACCUCCGCGACUCAAACCCGCUGCGAGUCCCCUCUUGUUCGCUGAUUACUCCCCUUAACGCCAGGAGCCGAAAGCCUCAAAUCACCACUAGAAGACCCAACCUUCUCACUCUUCCCCUAUUCUACCCAUCUGAACCCUUUCUUCUCUUCGCGAACCAACUUCUCAUACUUGAAAACCAAAGAGCAAAUAGUGACUCUCGGCGAAAAUGGUGUCUGGGUUAAUCAACGCGAACCCUAUCAUAUAUGAAAAGAAAGAGCGUCGAGUUCGAACUACUUCAUCUGUUCCCCAUGACGAGUAUGCUGGGGAACCAAUCGACCAACAAGAGGUUUUCGAUAUCCUUUUUCGAGUUUCAGAUUUCCUUUUUUUUUUUUUUUCUCUUUUUCCUGUCCAAUAAUCUGAGUAAAAUUGUUAUUAGUAACUUGCAUAUUUCCUUAACAUUCUCAAAUCAUAUAAGAGAUAUAAAGGACCCUGAACACCCGUACUCUUUAGAAGAGCUUAAGGUGAUCACGGAGGAAGCAAUUGAAGUCGAUGAUCAGCACAGUUAUGUUAGGGUUACGUUUACUCCAACGGUGGAGCAUUGCAGCAUGGCGACCAUUAUAGGUCUAUGUUUACGGGUCAAGCUCAUGAGAAGUUUGCCGACACGAUACAAGGUGGAUAUUAGAGUAGCACCAGGAUCUCAUGCAACUGAAGCGGCAGUUAACAAACAAUUAAAUGAUAAAGAGCGUGUAGCAGCUGCCCUGGAAAACCCAAACCUUCAGGAUAUGGUUGAUGAAUGCCUUGCUCCAUCUUAUUAUUGAAGAAGCCUUUUUUCUCCUCCCGUUGCAACGAGACUGUAGCUUGAUGUUGGUCAGCAUUAUCUGUUUACGAUAUUUUCCGGUUGCUGAUAUAUUAUUGGUCAUGCAAUUUGUGCCUACCUCGUGUUGCCAAGCAGUCAUAGUUAAAUAGGAAUACGUAGUUUAAAAUAUGAUAGUAAGAUAGCAAGGUUCUUUGAUAAUAGCUUUAGAAAAGCAAAGGAAAUUUUUUUAUAUGUUUUGAAGUUGUCAGCUCAUGUUUCAUAGAUUAGACUAUUUGUUUACCUUGUUUGAUUGAACCUAUUUUGAACAAUUAAUUGAGUUUUGAGCUAUAAAUAAAAUGAAGUUG